AUGCUCAACAAGGAGCUCAGUCAUUUUGCUGAAUCCUCGAAAUCCGGCACUCAAGUCUCUAAAUUCUUAAUUACUACCUAUAUGGACAAAGAUGACGACGAUCCUACGAUUGAAAUCGAAGUGCCUGGAGAGGGACCAUCAACAUCGUCUCCACAGCUUUCGAUGGGUCUUCUAAAGAAGGCGCAGACGGCGGCUAUGAACCGAAUUUCUGGCGUUCGAAAGCUGAGAGCGCCUUCUCACGAAGGUCAUCUACCUGAAUAUGGAGUGCCUUGUGCCAAAGAGGUCGCCGUCUACAUGCAACAGCUUAACGAUUGGGGACCGGAUGUUUUCAAGAUCGACGAACUUUCCAAGAACCACGCCCUUACCACUAUCACCUAUGCGCUGUUCCGAGAACGAGGUCUUAUCAAGGCGUUUGAAAUCCCAUCGUCUGUGUUCGUCACGUAUCUUCUGAACCUUGAACACCAUUAUCGAUCAAAUCCUUAUCACAAUCACAUUCAUGCCGCCGACGUUGCUCAGUCAAUGCAUGUAUUGCUCACUUCUCCCGUGCUCACCGAAGUUUUCUCUGAUCUCGAAGUAAUGGCGGCAAUAUUCGCUGGUGCCAUACAUGACGUCGACCAUCCGGGCUUCACCAAUCAGUACCUUAUCAACUCUAAGUGA